CAACAGUCAUCCCUGUGAAGAACGCGGUGCCUAUCAUCAUGGGAGCUAACAUCGGCACCUCAGUGACCAACACAAUCGUAUCGUUGGCCCAAGCUAGCAACAGGAACGAAUUCAGGCUGGCUUUUUCUGGGGCUACGGUAAGUUGGCUGCAAAAUGUUCUAAAAGCUGUGCAGAGUAUGUUUUUCAACCAUGUGACUCAAGCACAAUAGUUGGGCCAUAUAUCAAUGCAUCUCUGCGUCUCUGAUCGAGUUUUGGACAAACAUCGUAGAGGCUGGUCAGAAGUGCGGUAAAGACACACUCUGCUAUCGAUAUGUGUCUAUAACGCCAGUGCUGUCUAUUGUGUCUAUUUCCUUUAACUUUCUAUUAGGUAGAGACUAACUGGUUUCAUGUUGACAUUCCUAUACAGAAACCCAUCUACAGCUAAUGUAUUUAAGUUCCUAUUCGAACAAACUUUACUCAUUAGUAAACCUAAAAUCAACUUCAAGUCUACCUUUGUGUCUAAUCACAGGUGCACGAUAUGUUCAACUGGCUGACCGUCAUCAUCUUGCUGCCGCUAGAGAUUGCUGUUGGCUAUCUCCAAUGGCUGUCCGGUUUGCUGGUAGACUCGAUGGGUCUGGAAGCGGGCAAUCAGCAGAAAGCCCCAGACAUGCUGAAAGCCAUCACAGAACCUGUCAUCGAUGCCAUAGUUCAGGUAAGGUCACAUACAAUAUAUUGAGGUAUCUUUCUUAUUACAUAUGUGAAAUUAAACUCACACUGACAUCAGCGUCGGGUCUGGGAAUUGCUCCAUAAACCAUGCGCACACAAAAAAACACAGACGAAUACAUUAAGUUUUUACGUUGAAAAGACAUUGCACACUAUGAAAAUAAAAAUGUCCAUUUAUUUUGAUUAAUACAUGAAUGUUUUUAUUAACUUAUAUAUAACGCACCCUUCAUCAGUUUAAAGAAGUGCCUCAAAAAUAAUGGUAUUUGUUUCCCUAUUUUAAUUCAGAUACUUUAUGUGCAUACUUUUUAUAAUCAACAGAUUAAUAAAAACGCAAUCAGCGAUUCUGCAGCGAACUCGAACGCCUCCAGCGGCGACGUCUUGAAGCGAUGGUGCAAGACUGAAAUCCAGUCCGUCAACAAGUCCAGAAUCAAUACAGACUACGCGGUAAUCGACUGUCAUGACCGAGGC